AUGUUGGCAAAGAGUGUCGUCGUGGGCCUGCUAAGCAUCGCCGCUGUGGCGGAGGCUUCAGUGAUACGGGGACCGUUCGACCAAGUACUUGGACGACGCGCAACAAGGACUCUGGCAGUCCGACAAAACAACAACGGGGGAAACAACAAUAACAACAACGGGGGGAACAACAACAACAACAACGGGGGAAACGGUGGUAAUAAUGGGGGAAACAACGGCGGUGAUGCAAGUGAGACAUGCUUGUCUGCCACUGCCUUACAGACCGGCAGCCAAAACGACGGUCUGGCGAACGCAGCCGAUGGACAGGCAGCUUCGGCAACCGACAACGCUAACUUCAUCAACUUCUGUGAUGGCCAGACCCUGACGAACGGCUUGCAGCAGAGUCAAGGUUCUUGCAACGGCAUUGUCAUGGGAAAGAUGCCCUCCCAAGACAGAAUGGUCUCGGCCAUUCUCCAGAACCCCCAGCAUAAUGACAAUCUCGAGGAGAACCAGGACUUCGACAUCCAAAUCCAGAUGGCUAACCUCGCGGCCGGUACCUUCACCAACCCCGACGAGACAUACUACGCUGCGCCUCAGGAUCUCGACGGCUCCGGCCAAGUCAUCGGCCACACUCACGUUGUCAUCCAGGACCUGGGCAACAGCAUGAACCCUACCCAGGCUCUCGACGCUACUCAAUUCGCCUUCUUCAAGGGUAUCAACGAUGCCGGAAACGGCAAUGGUCUCCUUUCGGCCACCGUCACGGGUGGUCUCCCCGCUGGAAACUACCGUGUUUGCUCCAUGACCGGUGCUGGUAACCAUCAGCCCGUCCUCAUGCCCGUCGCCCAACGUGGUGCCCAGGACGACUGCAACAAGUUCACCGUUGGCGCGGCAAACAACGACGGGACUGACGAUCAACAACAGGACGACGACCAAGCUCAGGACGACCAAACCCAGGACGACCAAACUCAAGACGACCAAACUCAAGACGACCAAACCCAAGACGACCAAACCCAGGACGACCAAAACCAAGGGCAAGGACAGGGCCAGGGAGGCUUCGGCGGAGGCUUCGGCGGAGGCCAGGGUGGUGGUUUUGGCGGAGGUAAUACCGGCUCUUUCAGCACCAGCACCAGCACAAGCACAGUUCCAACCUCUUCCAGCACAAGCACAGCCUCAGCCUCAACACAAACCAACGACGCGUCGUCAGAUGGUUCAGAAGCUAAUGAUAACAGGACGGGGACGGGGUCGCGGCAGGCAAUAGGCGGCAUAACUGCGCCAGCCGUCGAGGAUUCUGGUAACCCGGACCGACCGUUCUCUGUGAAUGGUAAUACCUUCGUCAACAAGUCGGCAGCCAUCGAACGAGCAUGCGCUAUUCAGAACAACGCUUGCGCCGACGCCGUCAACGGUGGUAAGGUGACCGGCUUCUCCGUGAGCGACUGUUUCGCCCAGAUUUCGACUUGCGAGGCAAGCCUGUCUUAG